GCGCAGAGUCGCUCAGAGCAAAAUUGCGGAGCACAAGGGGAGACAAGUAUGAGACGUCCCGGGAAGUUGAUCUCAGCAUAUUUAGCAGCCUUUGCACUUCUGCUUGGUCUGUGUUCAGUGAGAGGUGAUUACUGUGAGGUGAAUGUUUGCCAGAACGGAGGGACAUGUGUGACCGGAGUGGGAGAGGAUCCCUUCAUCUGUAUCUGUGUGGACGGCUUCGGUGGAAACACGUGCAACCUGACAGAGACAGGACCUUGCAAUCCCAACCCCUGUGAGAAUGACGGGUCCUGCGAGGUCAUAACUCCAACCAGACGAGGAGACGUGUUCGGCGAGUAUAUCUGCAAGUGCCAGCUGGGCUUUGAUGGAGCGCACUGUCAGAUUAAUGAGAAUGACUGUGCCAGCCAGCCCUGUAAGAACGGAGGGGUGUGCAGGGAUCUUGAUGGAGACUUCACCUGCCAGUGCCCUUCGCCCUAUGUUGGAAAGCAAUGCAAACUGCGUUGUACAUCUCUACUGGGGAUGGAGGGAGGGGGAAUCGUAGAGUCCCAGAUUUCAGCCUCCUCUGUGCACUAUGGCAUUAUGGGCCUUCAGCGCUGGGGCCCUGAGUUGGCUCGCCUCAACAACCAUGGCAUCGUCAACGCCUGGACCUCUGCCGCCCAUGACAGGAACCCCUGGAUUGAGAUCGAUCUGCAGAAGACGAUGCGUCUGACAGGCAUCAUCACCCAGGGCGCCAGUCGCAUGGGCUCGGCUGAGUUCAUCAAGGCCUUCAAAGUGUCCACCAGCGUAGACGGAGAGGCUUACAUCACUUACAGAGUGGACGGCCAGAGAAAGGACAAGGUUUUUGUCGGCAACAUAGAUAACGACAGCACCAAGACCAACCUGUUUGACCCUCCGAUCGUGGCCCAGUACAUCCGUAUCAUCCCUGUUGUGUGCCGCAAGGCCUGCACCCUGCGCAUGGAGCUGUUGGGCUGUGAGCUCAAUGUUUAUUCAAAUGCGGCAGGUUGCUCCGAACCCAUGGGAAUGAAGUCGCGACUCAUCUCAGACGGGCAGGUGUCCGCCUCCAGCUCGUACCGCACCUGGGGCAUCGACACCUUCACAUGGUACCCUCAGUUUGCCCGACUGGAUAAGCAAGGCAAAACAAACGCCUGGUCUGCUGCCACCAACAACCGCUCCGAGUGGAUCCAGGUCGAUCUGGAGAAGACGAAGCGUCUCACUGGCAUUAUCACCCAGGGCGCCAAGGACUUUGGUGUGGUGCAGUUUGUGUCAAUGUUUAAAGUUUCCUACAGUAACGACGGAGAGACAUGGAGCGUGUUGAAGGAUGAGAAAACUGGCAGUGACAAGAUUUUCCCAGGCAACACUGACAACAACACACAUAAGAGGAACCUGUUUGAGCCGCCGUUCUACGCCCGAUACGUGCGUGUUCUGCCCUGGGAGUGGCAUGAGCGCAUCACCCUGCGGAUGGAGCUGCUGGGCUGCGAUGACUAGAGGCUGAUCGCAUCUCCUCGGACCACACCUGGGACUGCAGAAGCAUCUCACCCCUCUCAAACACCAGGCUAUAGAACUUGAAUGUCUAGAGCGCACCUCACAUGGGGCUGUGUUUCAUUCUCCAUUCCUUUCUGGGGAUUCUAAGACUUGUAGCACUUUUUGGGUAGUGACAUUUUUAUGUUUAGAUUAACAGAAUCGCUUUGGCGUCGGCUGUUUGUGGUUGCUCACUGAGAGCCCCCAUUAAGAAUCCAUGCUUUGAGUUUCAGUAGCUUUGGAUUUUUGUAAAUGGCUUUGCUCAAAAUGUUUGUCAUUGUUGUCUCACAAAAAACAUCAUGUCAUUCCAAAAUUCAGUUAUUUUCAUGUUUUAACUUUUCUGCCAAACUUGGUCUUAUAAAACCAUUUCAGAACCCAUAAAGUCAAAAAUGGAUGGUGGUCAAUGUGAAAACAGUAUUACCGUAUAAUUUAUUUGCUUAAUGUUAGAAUCCUUAUCGAUUUCUCGUUCUCUCAAAUCUGGCACUUUGUUAGUGUUGGUCCUCAUCUUUUCAGGUGUAUUUUUGAACAAAAAGCUGGGCCACCAGUUGCUUUUGUAGUCCUGCCACAGGAAAAAAAAAAAACCUUGCUGUUUUUCAGUCGUCACAAAGCUCCACAGAGGACAGACAAAGGGCAUCCUGAGUUUCUCAUUUAGUUGAUUGUUCAUCCACUGUUUGGUUAAUGGAGCACAAACUAGAAAAAAGCAGGGCCUGUGUAAUAUGUAUUUUGGAAUAUUCAAAUAUCCAAAUAGCCCGGCAUGCAGCAAACACUUUCAAAUUUGAAUUACAUUGCUUGACAUAAAUCGUACGUAUCAAAUGAUGGAAUGACAAAUGAAAAUGAGAAACUCUAGGGAUUUUCUGCAAUGAUGUUGUAAUGUUUUUGCACUUGAUGUCUGCUUUUUUUUUUUUUUUUUUUUUACACAUUUUAGCAUGUUUUUCUUCAUUCAUACAUAUAAUUUCAUUCUUAUUUAAUCAUUUUUAUUCCAAAUGUGAAAUGUUUAGAAACAUAUUGUGUAGAAAAUAACUGUGGUUUUACAUUCUUUUUUUAUUCAUUGUUGGUCUUGAACAGAGAUCAUUUAUUAAAAGUUAAAGAAAUGUGAA